GGACUGUCCCUAUAAAAUCGGGACAUCUGGUCACCCUAGCACACCCCAACUGUAUUACCAUGCAUGUAAUAUGUGUUAAUAUGUUUUUCCUAGUCAAAUUUGUAAUGACCGACAAACACACAGAGAGACUGGAGGCCAAAGUGAGAAACAUAAAAUUGUAUGGCUCCUCAUUUCAUUGCCUGAAACCGAGAAGCUGGAUAAGUGAUGAAGUUAUUGAUGCAUAUUUGAGCUGUGUGGUCGAGAAAGCAGAUGGAAAGGUACAAGCCAUCUCAUCAGUAGUUUCUACUUUCAUUCUCUCAGACAGAGCUCCACAAAUGAAAGCGAAGAUAGCCUCGAUGAAAAAAAAAGGAUUGUUAAUAAUUGACCCCUUGUGUGAUGAGAUGAGAUAUGAAAGAACAUGCCUCAGGAAUUGGAGAAACUUCAUCAAACGAUUAACUAGAAAAUCCUCAUCUGAUUGGAACAGUAACAUUGUUCAUCAUCCCAGACAAAGUGAUGGCCACAACUGCGGACCACUCAUCUUAAAGUUUGCAGAAGCGUAUUUGCAGUACAAAGACAUCAGUAUGGUAGAAACAACACAAGAGGCUAAUACUGCGUUUAGAAGACAUAUAGCAAUUCUUCUAAUGAAGGAGUCAGAAAACAUGGAAGACUGCUGCAUAUACUGCAACCUCGUCAACUGUGAAAAGGAAAGUGAGGAUUGCACGAUGGUCCAGUGUGAUUCUUGCAAGAGGUGGGCACAUAUGCCCUGCAUUACAGAAGGAACCAAUCAAGACUACCUGACUGAUGAGAAGAAAGAGUACAACUGCAAAAAAUGUGCAUAGUUCACUUCUUUACC